AUGACGAUCAUCGAUUUGGAAACGGAUCUCUCUAAUCCGAUACACAAACCAGGCGGCGCCGUCAUGAUUCGCGAGGUUUGGGCGGAGAAUCUCGAAUCGGAGUUUGCGCUAAUCAGCGGAAUCAUCGACAAUUAUCCGUUCGUUUCGAUGGACACGGAGUUUCCCGGCGUGAUUUUCAAAUCGGAUCUCCGCGGUGGGAACCCCGCCGAUCUCUACAGUCUACUCAAAUCCAAUGUCGAUGCCCUAAGCCUCAUCCAGGUCGGUCUUACUCUCUCAGACGCUUCCGGAAACCUCCCGGAUCUCGGCGGUGGUGGAGGCGAUCGCUUCAUCUGGGAGUUCAACUUCAAAGAUUUCGACGUGGCUUGUGACGCACACGCUCCCGACUCGAUCGAGCUUCUCCGCCGACAGGGGAUCGAUUUCGAGAGGAACCGCCGCGACGGAGUGGAUUCCGAGAGGUUCGCGGAGCUGAUGAUGUCAUCGGGGCUCGUCUGCAACGAGGAAGUGAGCUGGGUGACGUUUCACAGCGCGUACGAUUUCGGUUACCUGAUGAAGAUUCUCACGCGCCGGGAGCUUCCAAGCGCGUUGGGCGAGUUUCAGCGCGUGAUGAGAGCGUUGUUCGGGGAGCGCGUGUACGACGUGAAGCACAUGAUGAGGUUUUGCGAGCGGAGGUUGUACGGCGGUUUAGACCGGGUCGCACGGACGCUUGAGGUGAACCGGGCGGUUGGGAAAUGUCACCAAGCCGGUUCGGAUAGUUUGCUUACGUGGCACGCGUUUCAGAGGAUGAGAGAUCUGUAUUUCCUUCAGGAUGGGCCGGAGAAACACGCGGGUGUUUUGUAUGGGCUUGAGGUCUGUUGA